ACGGUUUUGAUAAACAAAAUUCCAAAAACCAAAAAGAAAUAACCCCUCUCUCACCAUCUCUCUCUCUUCAUCAUCAUCAUCAUCAUCAUCAUCAUCGCAUUCUUCAGCUUCUCUCCUCCCUCUCUUCUCCAUCGUCAGAUCUUCAUCUCUCGCUAAAAACAAUUUCAUCUCCCUAACGCGCGCCAAAUACAAAUUCUUCCUCCUUCUCUCUCUGUUUUCACGGGGAUUUAGUGAGAUGGCGGACGCACCGACGAGUCCGGCAGGAGGGAGCCACGAGAGCGGCGGAGAGCAGAGCCCGCAUUCAGGUGUAAGGGAGCAGGACAGGUACCUGCCUAUAGCCAAUAUAAGCCGGAUCAUGAAGAAGGCAUUGCCUCCCAACGGCAAGAUCGCCAAGGACGCUAAGGAUACUGUUCAAGAAUGCGUCUCCGAGUUCAUCAGCUUCAUUACCAGCGAGGCCAGUGACAAAUGUCAGAAGGAGAAGAGGAAGACAAUUAAUGGCGAUGAUUUGUUGUGGGCAAUGGCAACAUUGGGAUUUGAGGAUUAUAUUGAACCACUUAAGAUUUACCUGGCUAGAUACAGGGAGUUGGAGGGUGAUACUAAGGGGUCUGCUAGAGGUGGAGAUGGCUCUGUUAAAAGGGAUGCAGUUGGAGGUCUUCCUGGCCAAAAUGCACAGUUCACUCUUCAAGGAUCUAUGAACUACAUCAAUAACCAAGGACAAGGACAGCAUCUUAUUGUUCCUACCAUGCCAGGCAAUGAAUAGGGGAUUCUAGCUUGUCUUCAACCAAUUUUACGAAUAUUAGGUCUGUAAAAUUGUUUAAUUCCAACACAUGUAGCAUCAUUUAGGUGGACCAAUAUGAUUUCAAUUCAAGUGCUAUAUAUUGUGGAGCUUUGUUGCCUUACCCCCCCCCCCCCACCCCAAUUGUUGGGAUGCUCCCAUCAGCAACUAAGCUGUAGUGAGUAGUCACAAUGUAAAUUUGUUUCUGCUAGUGUAGAAUAUUCUGAUCAUUUGAAGAAGGCUAAAUUUGAUGAGGACCUGAAUGUUAUUGUUGAAACAUCUAAA